ACUGCACAUCUCUAUCAUCAAUUUCGUAAGAUUAUUUAGCCAAAGAAUUCGGUGUAUAUUUUUUUUUGUUAUGUUAAAUUUGUAAGCAAUAUGUUGCGUACAAUUAAGUCUCCAAUCAAAGUUAUAGUGCGUCCGGCCUCAGCAUCGGCCUCGGCAAAUGCAGAAAAACUGGAUGAGAUUCGGGAGCGGUUGGCAAAGGGACCAAGUUUCCAGGAUUUCAUCCAAAAUCCGAAUAAUACAAAGAAUGAAUGGGAUAACUACGAUGGUAAAUUACGUCGCGAGAAGGUCGAAGAGCAACGCCUUCGGCUUCCUCCAUGGCUAAAGACAACCAUUCCUAUGGGAAAGAAUUAUGCCAAGAUUAAGGAUCAAUUGAGGGAACUAAAGCUUUCCACAGUUUGCGAAGAGGCACGUUGUCCCAACAUAGGUGAAUGCUGGGGUGGUGGCGAGCACGGGACUCAAACAGCAACAAUUAUGCUCAUGGGUGAUACUUGUACACGCGGUUGUCGCUUCUGCUCGGUAAAGACAGCCCGAGCACCGCCACCACUGGACGAGAACGAACCCGUAAACACAGCCAAGGCGGUGGCAUCUUGGGGCUUGGACUACAUCGUGCUGACAUCUGUGGAUCGAGAUGAUUUGUCGGAUGGAGGCUCUAAACAUAUUGCACAAACUGUUAAAGAGAUCAAAGCACGUAAUCAAAAUAUAUUCGUCGAGUGCCUAGUGCCGGAUUUUCGCGGCGAUUUGGAAUGUGUGAAAACGAUCGCCAACUGCGGCCUUGAUGUCUAUGCACACAAUAUUGAAACGGUUGAGAAAUUGACACCGUUUGUCCGAGACAGACGUGCCCACUACAGGCAAACUUUAAAAGUACUCAGCGAAGCAAAGCGCUUCAAUCCCAAUCUUAUCACAAAGAGCUCCAUUAUGCUGGGUCUUGGCGAAACCGAUGCCGAGGUGGAACAAACUAUGCUGGAUCUACGAGAAGUUGGUGUGGAGUGUCUUACUUUGGGUCAAUACAUGCAGCCCACUAAGAAACAUCUGAAGGUUAUUGAAUAUGUAACACCAGAAAAAUUCAAGCACUGGGAGGAGCGUGGCAAUCAGCUAGGAUUUCUAUAUACUGCCAGUGGUCCACUUGUCCGUUCCUCAUAUAAAGCUGGUGAAUUCUUCAUUACGAGCAUUUUAGCAAAUCGUAAAAAGCAAAAUGAUGCGCCUAAAUAAAUAGUUAAUGAAUUCGUUAAUUAGGUUUACAUAAUAUAACCAAAUUUGUAAAUUUUUGUUGCGGAAUAGUAAAUGCCCCAUGUAUAGCUAUAUUUUUAUAUAAUUUAUGUAUACAUGAAACAUCAAGCAAUAUAAUAUUUAGCUUUACCGUAUACUUUGCAACCGGCUAAACAAAACGA